GCUUUAAUUUAGAUCGUAUAAUAGAAGAAUCUGGGAAUAGUCGAGCGAUGUCUUCUUCUAUAGAUCGAGCUUGGCUAUACUUGUCAACUAAAUCUCAAUUUAUUGUUCCUGGUAACAUAUCUCCUAUCAUGAUAACAACUCGAUCAAGAAUGUUCGCAAUCACCUUUCUGUUUGAUGAAAUUGGGCUUCCAGUAAUGUCCAUGACCAAGUCAUUGAGUGAUUCUUCUAUCAGUUCGGGUUGUGGUGAGUGCAAGCUACUCUGUAUCUCCUUAAUGUCUAUUCCAUGUUUUACUUUUAAGUUGUAUACUCCAUUCAUGAAUCUUUGAGCAAUGUAAGAAAUAUUCUUCCAUACCUUUUUAUUCCUUUCAGGAAGUUUAUUUUCCAUCUUAGAUCUCCACUUAGACAUGGUAUUAAGCCUGCUAGUUUGCUUAUUUCUUGCCAUUAAUCAAAUGAUAAUUUAUUUUAAGCUUGAAAAAGCUGAAUAUUAUAUGUGGUUCCAAAUAUAUUAAU